AUGGAUAAAGAGAGAGAUGAAAGGCCACCUAGGCCUUCUACAUUGAUCUCACCGACACAGGGAGAGGCCAAGGGGACCGAGGCCGAGGGGACUAAUCAAGUAUCAGAUGAUGAAGGAGUUGAAGAGCCAAAACCUGGUAUGGAAUUUGCCACUGAUAAAGAGUUUAUGGCCUAUUACAAGAGAUAUACUAAGCAACAAGGUUUUAGUGUUAUAAUACAAAGGACGAAGAGAGAGGCAGAUGAGAGUGCAAAGUAUCUAACAAUUGGGUGUGCGCGGGGCGGCAAGUAUCAUCCUAGUCGCAGUAAUAUCUCGAGAUCAAGACCAACAACUAAAACCGAUUGUAUGGCGAGGAUAAAUACUCAUUUGGUGAAGAGUGUAUGGGUGGUGACCACUGUUGAGAUUGCCCAUAAUCAUAGUACUUUCAGCCUACAAAAGUUUAGGUUUUUUAGAUCGUACAAAUGUUUGGAUGAAUACAGUCAAAUGAUACUAGAUUUCAAUGAGAGAGCAAGUAUUCGAAUGAAUAAUAAUUUCGGAGCAAUUGUUGCUGAUGCGAGGGGGGAUUUCCAAGAGAAAGACUGUCGAAAUUUUAUGAACAAAGCCAGGCAGUUAAGGUUGGGUAAAGGAGGUGGUGAUGCACUUAUUGACUACUUUAAGAGGAUGAGGUUGAUCAAUGAUGUGGAUGAAGACUUGAGAAUCAUAAAUGUGUUCUGGACUGAUGCACGAAGUCGAGCAACGUAUGAGUAUUUUGGAGAUGUUAUCACUUUCAAUACAACAUACCUAACAAAUAAAUACGGUAUACCUUUUGCUCCCUUUGUUGGGGUCAACCAUCAUGGACAGUCUAUACUGUUAGGGGUUGACUUGAUUUCAAGUGAGGACACAGCUACUUUUGUUUGGUUGUUUCGCACAUGGUUGCAGUGCAUGGAUGAUCGAGCUCCAAAAGCGAUCAUAACAGAUCAAGACCGAGCAAUGAAGUCUGCUAUUGCAUUGAAGUAUGACCAAGGUGAUAAUGCAUCGUUGCAAGAGUUGUACAAUGAGAGGUCGUUCUGGGUACCAACUUACUUGAAGGGUCUAUUUUGGGCUAGCAUGAGCAUUACACAACGGUUUGAAAGCAUGAAUGCUUUCUUCGAUGGAUUUGUGCAUUCUGGUAUGACAUUGAAAGAAUUCGUAGAUCAAUUUGAUAAUGCUUCGAGGAAGAAGGUGUAA